CCCCGCGGGCGGCCAUAGGAGGCUCGGGAGCGCUCCGGAGGGCUGCGUCUUGGCGCCGGAGACCCUGAAAGUGACCAUGGACCGGAGGAAAAAGCCUUUGGACGUUACGGCCUCCUCGUUGGUGGAUCUGAAGGCGGAACUCUUCCGCAAACAAGAAGAAUUCAAGCAAGAAAAGCACCUGAAAGAUUCUGGCGUUUGGGAAAAACCAAAGACAUCGAAUAAGAAACCCAGCAUCUGGAGCAAGCAGAACACAGGGGUCUCCACCCGGGCCGAGAAGGAUGCGGAACAGAGGGCUGAGGAGCAGAAGACGCUGGACAGGGCGAGGGAAAAAUUAGAAGAAAAAGCCAAGUUAUACGAAAAAAUGACUAAAGGAGACUUUAUAGACGAGGAGGUGGAGGAGCUGUACCUCGUGGACUUCACCCAGAAGCUCAUAGACAAGCGCAGGGAGAUGGAGGCUUCCCGUGCCGCCAGAGAGUCCCGGAACACGGCCGAGAGGGACGACGAGGACGACGAGCGUCUCUCAGACAGAGACAUACCUCCCCCCCAGGACCCCAGUGAGGAAUGGGUGGAUUACGUGGACUCUCUGGGGCGAUCCCGGCGCUGCAUGAGGAAGGACCUGCCGGGUCUGCUGGAGAUGGACAAGAACCUGCAGGGGAGACUCUUCGUCAGUCCUGCCAACGAGAAGACCCUGCUGUCGGAGGACAUGAGGAAGGAGCUGCAGCGUCAGCAGUGGGAGGAGGAGGAGCGGGAGGCCCUGCAGCGGCCCGUGGGUCCCCUGCACUAUGAGGACAUCCGGGAGAACGAGGCCCGGCAGCUGGGCGUUGGGUAUUUUGCCUUUGCCCGAGACCAGGAGCUGAGGAGCAAGCAGAUGAAGACCUUGGAGACGCUGCGCGAGCAGACAACAGAUCAGAGAAUCAAACGGGAAAACAUAAAGGAAAAGCGGAAGGCUCUGUUGGAAGCCAGGUUGGCCAAGCUGCGCCAAAAGAAGAUGAAAAAAUCCAAAGAGGACGGGACGGAAGAGGGCCACCCAGACGCAGCUGUUAUUGGGCCUCCGGCUCCAGAACCAGAAGCUGGGCCAGCUCCGCCUCCUGCUGCCCAGAGCAGCAAAGUCGAAGUCAUCAUCCAGGAGAGGAGGGACACCAAGCCCGGCGUGCCACACGUCCGCGAGUGGGACAGAGGGAAGGAAUUUUCCUUUGGAUACUGGUCCAAGAGGCAGUCAGACCUGCGGGCCGAGCGAGACCCCGAGUUUGCCCCGCCAUCCGAUUACUUUGUGGGUCAGAAGAGAACUGGUGCUUGCAGUGGCCAGACGUGGAACAGACCUGGACCAGCACCGGGUGACCCAGGGCAGCGGCCUGGCCAGAGCCAGGAGCCCAGCUCCGCACAGUCACCGUCGUCCUCUGCCCCUGGAGGCCCACCCCAACCCCCCAGGGUCACCUUUGAGACUCUGGAUGAGAUGAUCUCCUAUUACAAGCAGGUGACAUGACCUGGGACGCAUUCUGCCUUGGUGUGUGCUGUGGACAGCGUCUUCCUCUCAGAGAGGGGACACAGCUUUAGGGACAGGCUUCCUGUCCUCCUGUACUGUCCCUGGAAGGCCUGGGCUCCAGGCUGGAUUUCCCACUGAGGGACAGAAGGGACGAGAACCGUUGGCAGUGGGCAGUUCCUUCCCCUCUGAUGGGUGGAGGCUCCCUGUGUCCCUUCACACGGCCCCGAUCCAGUUAGGGUCCCCUUGGACUGCAGCUGUGCGGCUGUGGAGGAGGAGAAGCGUGGGUCCCCUGAAGUCGAGGACUGGGACUGGUCCAUGCCCACCCGUGACCCAGAUCCAAGGUCCCGUUCCCAGACCCUGCGAAUCCCCGAGCCUUCGUUUCAGAGAUCCAGCUUCCAGGUCCCUUGACCGGGCGCAGGUGGGGGACAGUGAGUGGGGUCAGGAUGGUCCAGCAUCCACGAGGACCCUGGAGCUGGUGGCAUAGAGUCACACUGCCGUGGUGAGACCAGGGAAGGGCGCUUCAUGAGAGGCCGAUGAGGAAGUCCUUGACGUGCUUCUGCCGUCAACACUGUCCCUUCCGCACACCUGCGUGCACAGCGGCCGUCUGACAAGUGUGUUCAGGACCCGGGUGUCCCGGAGGCUGCUGGGCCCAAAGCCCGCUGCUCCUUAGUUGUGACAAGUAAAGCUGUUCGGCCCUCCUGCCCCUCGGUCCCCCGUUCCCCCAAGCCUCCCUCAGUCCCUGAGUCCCCUGGGGCCUUACUAACAAGGUGAGCACUGUCUGAGCCACCCAGGCCCUGAGAAAGCCACCUCUGAACUCUAGAAAGACGGGCGAAGCCAUCAGACCUGUGUCAUGGUGUCACCAGUUGGUCUCGUCAUCAAACCCUCUUUCCACGCCUACUCAUUGGGCCCCACUAGACCAGCUGCCUUUUCUGCAGAAAGCGACAGGUGACCCUAAAAUCCACCAGGAGAUGCAAGGGACCCGGAGUAGCCACCAGAGUCUUGUCAGGGGACAGAGCCUGGGGACUGUCACUGCCCGAGUCGCACACGUACUGCGCAGCCCCAGUCCGUGAUCCCGAGGGCCUGGUGUUGGCCCAGCACAGGCCACAGGUCAGGGGCAAGCCUGGCUUCAGGGUCUCUUGGCUUUUGACAAGGACAAGGCCAAGACCGUCCAGGGGGAGAGAGGAGCCUCCAGCAGGGACCUGGGCCCCCCGAACGUCCCAGGCACAAUGAUGACCUUGGGCUUUUAUCUUGUCCCAUAGACAAAAAUCAGCCAAAAACUUAAAUAUCAGGAGUAGAAGAACCAACCGCUGAAGUGGUCUGUAGGACAGAGGAAGAGGCCAAAAAUAUUGGAAUAGUAAAAGGAAUCAGAGCCGCGGGACACCAAGAGACAAGUAGGAAAGGGGAGACCCAGUAGAUGACAGGAGGAAGGCGGGAGGAGGGGCUCUGUCAAGCUGUCACCAGGAGGACGAGGGGUGGACGCAGCCAGGGGGCAGAAGGGGCCCGACAAGUACCACAGACCAUCCUGGACAGCAGCAGUGAGCACCUCACCUCGUGGCCACUGUUGAGUGGCCGCUGUGGGGCACACUGCCUCCGGGUCACAGAGACAGGUGACCCUCUCUCCAGGCCCUUGUGACAGCAUAAACCCAGUUCUUGAGUCCUCAGCCCAGUGCAGUGCGGCUGUGCUCUGGGGAUCCGCAGCCCGGUUCCCAGGCCUCCCCGUUCCUCCAGGUCCUGUUGGUAGCAGCCUGUCCAGCAGGUGGCGGUAGAGACCCUCAAGUUCAGGUCCAGGUGCAAGGGCAGCGCUGCCCUGUAGGAACCCCGGCCACCAGUGUCUU